CACAUCGCGCGCUGCCUUGACACACCUCGAGGCCAUCAAAAGACACAUCAACAUCCCGCUAUUACCCACAUCGCUGAAGGUUAUUACCCACCAAGUCGGACAAGUAUUACCCAUCGGCUAAUCGGCUCGACUUGGCUCGACUUGCAUUCCAUCGAUUCGUACGUCGACGAACGUCAUAAAUAACGACCUUCGGCACAUUCCCAGACAGCCACUACCAUCACCAACAUGGCACCCUCACCCACGCUCACCGCUGCGCUCGACGCCGCGCGCGAAGCGUACGCCAAGCGUAACCCCAACUCGCUCGUCGCGUUCAACAAGGCCACCGUCUCCCUCCCCGGCGGCGGCACACGCACGACGCUCAUCACGCUGCCCUUCCCUCUGUUCAUCGAGUCGGGGUCCGGCGCGACAGUCACCGACGUCGACGGGCAUACGUACCGUGACUUUCUGUCCGACUUUACGUCGGGAAUCUACGGCAAGUCGAACGACAUCCUCCGCGGCGCUAUCACCAAGGCGCUCGCCUCUGGCCUCCAGUUCGGCGCACACACGACGCAUGAGGCGCGCCUCGCCGACCACCUCACGUCGCGCUUCCCCUCGAUGGACUUGGUCCGCUUUGCCAACUCGGGAACGGAAGCCAACCUCCUCGCCAUCACCACCGCGCUCAAGCACACCAAGCGCAAGAAGGUCGUCGUCUUCUCGGGAGGAUACCAUGGAUCAUUGCUCGCCCACUUUCACACGGGUGAGCCGGGCGGCAACGACGUGCCCGGCGCCUUGAGAGUUCCAUUUGACUUUAUCAUUGCCCCAUACAACGACAUUGAGGGGACUAAGGCUCUUCUCAGCCCGGUUGCCAAGGAUGUGGGCGUGGUGAUUGUGGAGCCCAUGCUUGGUGCGGGCGGUUGUAUUCCGGCCGACCCGGCGUUCCUCCAGGGCCUCCGCGACUACACCAAGGAGAUUGACUCGGUGCUCAUCUUUGACGAGGUCCAGACCUCGCGCCUCGCAACUGGCGGUCGCCAGUCGCUCCUGGGAAUCACGCCGGACAUGACCACCGUCGGCAAGUUCUUCGGUGGUGGCUUUGCCUUUGGCGCGUUCGGCGGCAAGGCCGAGAUCAUGAGCAUCUUCGACGUCCGCCGGCCGGACCACGUCAACCACGGUGGAACGUUCAACAACUCGCCGCUGACCAUGAUUGCUGGCUCGACUGCCAUCGAGCAGAUCCUCACCCCCGAGCGCUUGGAGGACCUCAACGAGCGCGGCGACCGCCUGCGCGAGAAGCUCAACUCGGCGUUCGGCGGUGCGGGCGCGCCGUUUGUCGUCACUGGCCUCGGAUCGAUCAACCAGAUCAACUGCCACCUGCCAAAGGACGACCAGCUCCCCGCCCUCGAGCUCGUCUACUUUGGCAUGUUGGAGCGCGGGUUCUGGAUGGCGCAGCGUGGCACAUUGGCGCUCAACUUUGAAAUCACCGACAAGGACGUCGACGAGUUUGUGGAGGCUAUUGUGGAGAGCUCGGCCGCAGUGGUCAAGGCUAGCGCGUGAAGCUGAUAAUGUAUGCAAAGGCCGUAUGCAGGACGCUUGUUGGCGUCGACCUUGGCUUGGUUCGCUGUCAACUUGGG